CAAAAGGGAAGCGGGAAGGAGCCGGAGGCUUUGCAGGAAAGAGGUGGGGAGGGCAGCGGGGGUGUUGCUUUUGUGUCCCCCUACUCCUUCCCUCUUUCUUUUCAAGCCCCCCCUCUCCUCCCGCCCCGUUUUCGACCCGCUUUUGGGUGCCGCCGAGGGGGGGGGGAGCUGGCAUGAGAGGGGCCCUCCCGAGGCGGUGCCAUGUAUUGGAAGAGCAGCCCCUUGGUUGUGUGUAAGCUGGACGGCCAGGACUUGCCUGCGCUUCGAGUGGAGACCGAGAAGCUCCCGAGGUUCAUGGCUGAGGAGUGCGGGCGAGUGGCAGCAGCAGCAGCCGCGGGAAGGAGGCGGAAAAGCGCCGGAGAGGCCGCGAUGGGGAGCCCCGAGGCGGCAGGAGACGAGGACUCGUGCUCUUCGUCCGCCCCGCUUUCGCCUUCCUCUUCGCCCCGCUCGCUGGCUUCGGGCUCCGGCGGUUGUGCGCCCGGCAAGUGCGUCUGCAGCAGCUGCGGCCUCGAAAUCGUCGACAAAUACCUGCUCAAGGUAAAUGAUUUGUGCUGGCAUGUGCGCUGCCUCUCCUGCAGUGUAUGCAGGACCUCUUUAGGAAGGCACACCAGCUGUUAUAUCAAAGACAAAGACAUUUUCUGCAAGCUUGAUUAUUUCAGACGGUAUGGAACCCGCUGUUCCCGUUGUGGGAGGCACAUCCAUUCUACUGACUGGGUCCGAAGAGCUAAGGGAAAUGUGUAUCACUUGGCAUGCUUUGCCUGCUUUUCCUGCAAAAGGCAGCUUUCCACAGGGGAGGAAUUUGCUUUGGUUGAAGAAAAAGUCCUCUGUAGGGUACAUUAUGACUGCAUGUUGGAUAAUCUGAAAAGAGAGGUGGAAAAUGGGAAUGGGAUUAGUGUAGAAGGUGCGUUAUUAACAGAACAAGAUGUUAAUCAUCCAAAACCAGCAAAAAGAGCUCGGACCAGUUUCACAGCAGAUCAGCUGCAGGUAAUGCAAGCACAGUUUGCUCAGGACAACAACCCAGAUGCACAAACACUUCAAAAACUGGCAGAAAGAACAGGCUUGAGCAGGCGUGUGAUACAGGUGUGGUUUCAGAACUGCAGAGCACGCCACAAGAAACAUGUUAGCCCCAAUCAUUCAUCAACUACUCCUGUUACGACAGUCCAGCCUUCCAGGCUUUCUCCGCCCAUGUUGGAAGAGAUGGCAUAUUCAGCGUAUGUACCACAAGAUGGGACAAUGUUAACUGCUCUGCAUAGUUACAUGGAUGCUCAUUCACCUUCUGCUCUUGGACUCCAGCCUCUGUUACCCCAUUCAAUGACACAGCUGCCAAUAAGUCACAGCUAAUGCAUUUCUUUCAGGGACAUGAGGCUAAGGAAGUACCCUUGUGUCACCUAUUAUACGCUGUCAUUGAAAAUCAGUUUAAACUUAAAUAGCAUCCAAAGCAAUUGGAAGACAAUUUUGUUGCCCAGGUAUGUAAGUAUAGUUGGCCUGCAAGACACUUUUAUGGCUUUCUCCAUAAAUAUGUUUACAAGACUUAUUAAAAAGGAACACCUUUUUUGUACUGUCUGGAAGUAGUCCAUUCUAGCUAUGUGUUUGUUAAUUUAUUUAUCAUCAAGAGCACUUUGCCUAAAAGACAAGACUGACAAUUGUGCAAAAUGUUUACAAUUCUUUGUGAAAUUGUAGUUCAUCAUUAGUUUGUAUCUGUAAGUUAUUGUUAUUAAAGUAUUACUUGUAUUUGAGUUACAUGCAGCCUAUACUUUGAAGCUUAUGCCUAUGAAUUGGCAAAACUUCAUUUGCCAGCAUUCUCCAGAUGACCUAAAUAAAACCUUCUGUUGUAGCAUGCCAAACAAA